AUGGCAUCUGUCCGGAGUCGCUUCUUCCGGCUGUCCUCACGUGGUGUGGUCAUCAACGAGCGCAUCUUUGUGAAGGGACCGACCGUGGUGGUGUUAAUGCCGAUGGUGCACGUGGCGGCCAAGAGCUUCUUCGAUGCCACGCUCAGAAGCACUCGAUUUCACCAGUUCGACGCAGUCUAUCACGAGGGCCCACCACCAGGGUGCACAGAUGAUCCGGCUUACCCGACUUGGCGCUUCACGCCCUCCCUUCGCCACGCAUCUCCCUCUGGGGCGUUCCUGGAGCUGUGCUGGAUCAUUUGGUUUCGGGUGCCGCUGGCCGUGAGCAACAAGAUGUGCAAGAUGCUGGGAUGGCAGCCCUUGGCCCUGCAGCCAGAGCCGAUGCGCCCAGCAGCGGAGACUCCGCGGUUCGAGUGCACCGACUCCACCAGCGUGGUGGAGACCGCACUCUUCAUGGCAAGCCUUCACCGCUACGACCCGAGGGCUGACCGCCUUGUCGCCGCGCUGAUGGAAGCUGCACCGGGAAGGUAUGCAGUGCCCUGGGGUUUGGCCCACAUGCGGUACAUCGAACAGCAGCUGCGGGCCAACGGCUUUGCACCGUCGCAAGAGUUCGACCAAGAGCACACUGCCUGCAGCUGGGGCACCGCGAUUUGUGCUCAUGUGAUGAUCUGGAUUUGGUGGUGGUUCCUGCAUGCAAGUGCAGACACUUGGUUCAUCUGGCACCACACUGGCUACAUUGUCAUCAAAAUGCCACUCUACUGGCUGUGCCACGCUACCUUGCGCAUUGGCGACUCUGCGGUGGCCCAGGAGCCAGGCCGCGCGGAACCAUUGGCCAAAGAAGCUGGCGACAUUCGCGCGAUGCAAAAAUGGGCCGUGGAGUGGGGAGGGGCUUGUGUGAGUCAGAAGGCUGCAGAGUUGGUGGCUUCUGCUGGAGCUAGUGGUGGGCCUUUGGUCAUCGCCUAA